ACGUGCGUGGCGUCAUUUCCUUCCAACAUGGCGCAGGCAGCAGGUCGCUGAUGGAAAACUGAGGGAUUUACCCCACCUUCUGGCUUUAUUUAUGUUUCUCUGUUGAGGGCAUCGUCCGCCGGAGAAAAACUAAAUCAUACAGGAAUAUCUAAAAUUCGCGGAUCUAGCCUCCAUUGGGACAGGUUCUCGUCGCCCUGUCGCAGCGCGUCAUGUAUGAAGGCAAUAAGACGAAAAACAUGUUUUUAACCAGAGCUUUGGAAAAGAUCUUGGCCGACAAGGAGGUGAAAAAGGCUCAUCACUCGCAGCUGCGCAAAGCCUGUGAGGUGGCACUAGAGGAAAUCAAGGCAGAAUCUGAGAAUUUAAGCCCACCGGCUGGGGACAACAAGUCCAGUACUUUGCCGCCAAUCAAAUCCAACACCAACUUCAUUGAAGCAGAUAAGUACUUCCUGCCGUUUGAGUUGGCCUGUCAGUCCAAAUGUCCACGCAUCGUCAUCACCUCUCUAGACUGUUUACAGAAACUCAUAGCAUAUGGUCACCUGACGGGCAGCGCUCCAGACAACACCACCCCCGGAAAAAAACUCAUCGACAGGAUCAUCGAGACUGUAUGUGGCUGUUUCCAAGGACCGCAGACGGAUGAAGGCAUCCAGUUGCAAAUUAUAAAGGCCUUGCUUACAGCCGUGACCUCGCAGCACAUAGAGAUCCAUGAAGGUACGGAUCAUAAUUUGCAAUAUUAAAGUACUAGAAGAACGUGCUACAACAUCUAUCUGGCCAGUAAGAACCUCAUCAACCAGACCACGGCCAAAGCCACCCUCACGCAGAUGCUGAAUGUUAUAUUCGCCCGCAUGGAGAACCAAGCACUGCAGGAAGCCAAGCAGAUGGAAAGAGAGAGGCACAGACAGCAUUCUCCAGUCAGCCAGCAAGAACCAGAGUCUCCUGGACAGCGGCACAUCGACACCCCCGGCAAAAGCCUGCCCAUGGAGGCUAACGGUGGACCGGGACACCAGGGCAGCAAGGUCGAGCAGGGAUCCCCACCGUACGAGAGUCCCGAACCAGAGAACGGCACAGACUUCUGCCCUGCGGAGAAUGAGCAGACCGAGGCAGACCAGGCUACUGCUGCUGCGCAAAGUGCGGCAGAGCAUGGCACGGAAGCCACAGAGGAAGAAGAAAGCCAGAACUAUGAAAAGAAAGCGCAGGAGAUCGUACAGAGUAUUUUGCAAGAAGUUGUAAACACGGUUGCUGGAGAUGUUAAGGAAAGCCGUGAGAGCGAGGCUGGGCCAGCUGAGGGUAUUCCAAACUCGCUGGAAGAGGAGGGAGGGCUGGGCAGCGACAACGAAAGUGUUCACGUCAAUGGCAUCCCUGGCACACCCAUCUCUGCGAGCUUCACUCCGUCCCUCCCCGACGACAGACUGUCUGUCUCCUCCACUGACACUCAGGAAUCGGUAGCUACCACUGGUUCAGCACCAGGUGCAAAGUUUUCCCAUAUUCUCCAGAAGGAUGCAUUCUUGGUUUUCCGUUCACUCUGCAAGCUCUCCAUGAAGCCCCUUUCAGACAGUCCCCCUGAUCCGAAAUCCCAUGAGCUGCGGUCCAAGGUCCUCUCGCUGCAGCUCCUUCUGUCCAUCCUGCAGAACGCUGGGCCCAUCUUCAAAACUAACGAGAUGUUCAUCAACGCCAUCAAGCAGUACCUGUGUGUAGCGCUGUCUAAAAACGGCGUCUCCUCUGUCCCCGAGGUGUUCGAGCUGUCGCUGUCCGUUAUUAUUGUUCUAUUACUGACUUGGUUAUGAAUUUAUGAGGUGAAAAACUUGACUGUAUUUCUGUUUUUCUCUCCUCAGGUGUUUUUCAAAGAGAUUUUUCUUUAUAUUCUGGAAACGUCCACAAGCUCGUAUGACCAUAAGUGGAUGGUCAUUCAAACCCUCACUAGAAUAUGUGCUGAUGCCCAGAGUGUGGUAGAUAUCUAUGUUAAUUAUGAUUGUGACCUGAAUGCUGCUAAUAUUUUCGAGAGGCUGGUGAAUGACCUCUCAAAGAUUGCACAAGGACGAGCAGGCCAUGAACUGGGUACAACCCCACUUCAGGAGCUGACUCUAAGGAAGAAAGGACUGGAGUGUCUGGUGUCCAUUCUCAAGUGUAUGGUGGAGUGGAGCAAAGACCAAUAUGUCAACCCCAAUUCCCAGACAAGUCUCGGCCAAGAAAAGCCUUUAGAACAGGAGACCAAUGAGUCGAAGCAUACGGAAACGAUUAACCGUUAUGGCAGCAUAAACUCUUUGGACUCCACUGCCUCGUCGGGCAUCGGGAGCUACAGCACGCAGAUGUCCGGGACGGACAACCCUGAGCAGUUUGAGGUCCUCAAACAACAGAAGGAGAUCAUAGAGCAAGGCAUUGACCUGUUCAACAAAAAACCAAAGAGGGGCAUUCAGUACCUGCAGGAGCAAGGCAUGCUGGGAACCACGCCCGAAGAUAUCGCCCAGUUCUUACAUCAAGAGGAGAGGCUUGACUCUAUCCAGGUAGGAGAGUUUCUCGGAGACAACGAUCGCAUCAAUAAAGAGGUUAUGUAUGCCUACGUCGACCAAAUGGACUUCCAGGGCAAAGACUUCGUGCCGGCGCUGCGCAUGUUCCUUGAGGGUUUCCGUCUGCCCGGAGAGGCCCAGAAAAUUGAUCGACUGAUGGAGAAAUUUGCUGCUAGAUAUUUAGAAUGCAACCAAGGGCAAACACUGUUCGCCAGCGCUGACACCGCAUACGUUCUUGCAUAUUCAAUCAUCAUGUUGACUACAGAUCUACACAGUCCGCAGGUGAAGAAUAAAAUGACGAAAGAGCAAUCCAUCAAGAUGAACCGAGGUAUCAAUGACAGUAAAGAUUUACCGGAGGAGUAUCUUUCAGCCAUUUAUGAUGAAAUCGCAGGGAAAAAAAUAUCCAUGAAGGAGACAAAGGAGUUAACUCUCAAGUCAAAUAAGCAAAGUGUGGCCAGUGAGAAGCAGAGGAGGCUUCUGUAUAAUGUUGAGAUGGAGCAGAUGGCAAAAACCGCCAAGGCUCUGAUGGAGGCCGUGAGCCACGUUCAGGCCCCCUUUACAAGUGCCACCCACCUCGAACACGUCAGACCAAUGUUUAAGCUGGCCUGGACACCCUUCCUGGCUGCGUUCAGUGUGGGUCUGCAGGACUGUGAUGACACUGAGGUGGCCUCUCUGUGCCUGGAGGGAAUCCGCUGUGCUAUCAGGAUAGCGUGCAUCUUCAGCAUUCAGUUGGAGCGAGACGCAUACGUACAAGCUCUGGCCCGCUUCACGCUGCUGACGGCCAGCUCAGGUAUCACCGAGAUGAAGCAGAAGAACAUCGACACCAUCAAGACCCUCAUCACAGUGGCUCACACGGAUGGAAAUUAUUUAGGAAACUCCUGGCAUGAGAUCCUGAAGUGCAUAAGUCAGCUGGAGUUGGCCCAGCUCAUCGGGACAGGAGUGAAGGCUCGGUACAUAUCAGGAACUGUACGGGGGAAGGAAGGCUUCAUCACCAGCACCAAGGAACAGAUGUCUGACGAGUACCUGGGCUUGGGAGGGAACGUUGAUCGCAAACAGAUCGCAAGCAUUCAGGAGUCUAUCGGAGAGACCAGCUCGCAAAGUGUGGUAGUUGCUGUAGACCGGAUAUUCACAGGCUCUACCAGACUUGAUGGAAAUGCUAUCGUGGAUUUUGUACGAUGGCUGUGUGCUGUCUCGAUGGACGAAUUGGCCUCCCCUACACACCCUCGAAUGUUCAGUCUGCAGAAGAUUGUGGAGAUAUCGUACUAUAACAUGGGUCGUAUCAGGCUGCAGUGGUCCAGGAUAUGGGAGGUUAUAGGGGAUCAUUUCAAUAAGGUCGGCUGUAAUCCCAAUGAGGAUGUCGCUAUUUUCGCUGUGGAUUCUCUGAGGCAGCUGUCCAUGAAAUUUUUGGAGAAAGGCGAGUUGGCCAAUUUCAGAUUCCAGAAGGAUUUCCUCAGGCCGUUUGAGCACAUAAUGAAAAAGAACAGAUCUCCUACCAUUAGGGACAUGGUUGUCCGCUGUAUAGCCCAGAUGGUCAACUCACAGGCUGGGAAUAUUAGAUCAGGGUGGAAGAACAUUUUCUCUGUGUUCCAUCUCGCUGCCUCUGAUCAGGAUGAGAGUAUAGUAGAGCUGGCCUUCCAGACAACUGGACACAUCGUCACGAAUGUAUUUGAGAAGCAUUUCCCAGCUACCAUUGAUUCCUUCCAGGACGCUGUCAAAUGUCUGUCUGAGUUUGCCUGCAACGCUUCUUUCCCCGACACCAGCAUGGAGGCCAUCCGUCUCAUCCGUCACUGCGCCAAAUACGUCUCCGACCGACCUCAGGCAUUUAAAGACUAUACCAGUGAUGAUAUGAAUGUUGCACCGGAGGACCGCGUCUGGGUGAGAGGCUGGUUCCCUAUUCUCUUUGAGCUGUCAUGCAUCAUCAACAGGUGUAAGCUGGACGUCCGGACCAGGGGUCUGACGGUGAUGUUUGAGGUGAUGAAGACGUACGGUCACACCUACGAGAAACACUGGUGGCAGGAUCUGUUCCGCAUCGUGUUCAGGAUCUUCGACAACAUGAAGCUCCCUGAGCAACAGACUGAGAAAGCGGAAUGGAUGACCACCACCUGCAAUCAUGCACUUUAUGCUAUCUGUGACGUUUUCACACAGUACUUUGAAUCUCUCAGCGAUGUUCUGUUAGAUGAUAUCCUUUCUCAGCUCUACUGGUGUGUGCAGCAAGAUAAUGAGCAAUUAGCGAGAUCAGGCACUAAUUGCCUUGAAAAUGUGGUCAUUCUCAAUGGUGAGAAGUUUAACGCUGAGACCUGGGACAAGACCUGCAACUGUAUGCUAGACAUCUUCAAAACCACCAUCCCACACAUGCUGUUGACGUGGAGACCGGCUGGUUCAGAGGGAGAUCACGUGACUCAGCUCGACUCUGAUAAACAGCUGGACUCCAUUUCCCAGAAGUCAGUGGAUAUUCAGACUCGGUCAGAUGACCAGCAGUCAGUGAACAGUAUGGAGAAGGCUUUGGCUGACAACCGCAGGCAGAGUCAGUUCAGUGUGGCUUCAGAAGUCCGGGAACAGCGGCUGUUUGCAGCUCUGCUCAUAAAGUGUGUCGUCCAGCUGGAGCUCAUUCAGACCAUAGACAACAUUGUGUUCUUUCCUGCAACUAGUAAGAAGGAGGAUGCUGAAAACUUCGCAGCAGCACAGAGAGAUGCUUUGGACGCUGAUGUACACGUGGAUACUCAGGACCAGGGAAUGUAUCGCUACCUGACCUCAGAACAGCUGUUUAAACUGCUCGACUGUCUUCUAGAGUCUCAUCACUUUGCUAAGGCCUUUAACUCCAAUAACGAACAGAGAACCGCGCUGUGGAAGGCUGGUUUCAAAGGGAAGUCGAAGCCCAAUCUGCUGAAACAGGAGACCAGCAGCCUGGCGUGUGGCCUGCGCAUCCUCUUCCGCAUGUACACGGACCAGAGCAGGCAGGACGCCUGGGAGGAGGUGCAGAGGAGACUGCUCAACGUGUGCAGUGACGCUGUGGCUUACUUCCUGACCCUGACGUCUGAGAGCCACCGUGAGGCCUGGAUCAACCUACUGCUGCUCUUCCUUACCAAAGUGCUCAAGAUCAGUGAUGACAGGUUCAAGGCCCACGCGUCCCGAUACUACCCUCUGCUUUGUGAGAUCAUGCAGUUUGACCUGAUCCCAGAGCUGAGGGCCGCCCUGCGCAAGUUCUUCCUGCGCAUCGGAUUGGUGUUCCAGAUCACCCAGACUUUGGAAGCAGAUCAGCCAUCAGGCGUCCAAACUCCCAACGAUGCCUAGAAGCAGCAGCAGCAGUGCCUGGUCCUGAACGCCACAGACAUGCAGUGGUCUCCUCUUGUGAUCUGCAGGACGUGAGCAUCUGAUCUCCUGCAACCAAUGAGGAACGAGGAGAUAGAAAAGAUGGACUGCGUCAGAUAUGAUGGUACUAACAUCAACCCCCCGCCUGCCCUUUCAGGGUCUGCUCUGGACAAACAGCCAAUCCCAGUUCAGGAAUUACGUCCCAUCCACUGGACAAAUGACCAGGCCUUGUACAAUAGGAUCAAAUUAUCUAGAACAUCAUGAGGAUGCUGAAUAUCGCUACUACUAUACAAAUGCUUGACCUUUGAGAUCAUCAAAAGGUCCAAAUAUAGUUCAAUACAGUGUCUUGGCAUUAUAUUAAAAGCUGUUUGAAGAAUGACAGAAGGGUUGCAUAUCAAGCGAUGUGAUGUUUCUCAAGUGAUUCAGAUUUUAUUUUGUUUUGUUUGCACCGCUAAUGGCUAACAUUAGCAUGAAUAACUCCGAAGAAACUAGUUGUACAGAAUUCCAGCUUUGUAAUAGAAUCUCAUAACACUAGAUUUUGUUUUCUGUAUCUUUUUGUUUGUUUCUCAGAAAUUUGCUGCACUUGUUUUCUUGAUCAAAAUGCACUGGAGAUUUUUACUUUUGUGAUAAAUUAUUGAACUAUGCCAUCUUUCCCUCCAUAACUGUCCAGCUGGAGAUUUCUAAUACAAUAUGAAGUGAUGAGUUCAAUUUACUCCAUUUUAUAUAUGUUGACACUUUUUUAAUUAAACACUGAGGGCAACUGAGAUCCUUGAAAAGGAAAUAACUGGAACUUGAAAAUUGAGGGCGAGUUAAAUGUGAGCUGCAUCUGAAUCACUGGUUUGUAUCCAUGUUUGAAGUUAGGCUUCACUCUACGUGUACAAAUUGAAAAAAAAAAGUUAAUAUAUUUAAAAUCUUCUCUUUGGUUUUGGGGGUGGGUUGUAUUGUAUAGAAAUUAAUGAUAGCUGCGCUUUAAAACUGUUGAUGGAAUAAGGAUGUGAAGCAUUCCUGGCUAGUGAGGGUGACUGUAAUGGUACAGCCCUGUAAAGUUUUCUAUUAUGGAAUAAAAUGAUCUGUACAACUCUA